AUAAAAUUCAUGACGCAGUUUUGGGUUAACCAAGUCCGGCAGCAUUUCUCGCAGUUUUAACUGGAGAGUAUUCUGAAAACAUAAUAUUUGAUUAAUAUGAGAAUGCUUUAUGUGUGCACGUCAAACAGGUGACACAAAGCCCGUAGCGAGAGAUAUGUAUCUAGAGAAGAAUCGUGUUCCAUACAAAACAUCUCUCGACAUGUAUUCGCACAGGGGGAUUGCGUCCACCAUAACUGCAAUAUAAAAUGUAAUCGAACGAUCGAGCGGACGAAAGCAGAAUAUAUAAAAGGUGAUAUGUCAAAGAUUGUUAAAUUGUCUCGCAUGGAGCGAGACAAUUUAAAGACGUUUAAGAUGAUUACGAUUCGAGUUAACGAUUCGCCGGUGCAACACCGACUCGGGAAUCGCGAAUCGAAGAGAUAUAGAGCGCGAAUCUGCUCGUGAUUACGCUUACUUGUACAUCGAUCUGGCUCCCUUUUCCAUCGUCACCGUCGAUUCCACGCGGCAUCUCGUGACACACUUGCAUCGAACUGUUGCUGUAAAUCUUACCGAUUGCACCAAACUAUGAUCUAGAAACGCGGAUGAGACCCGGGAUAUAUAAAGAGCGAAGCGGACCCCAUGUUUGUCAUUCCCUCGAGACUAUCCCGUGCUAGGGUAGCAACGAGAGCAGGGAGAACGACUCUCUCUCGGAGGGAUAAAGUAACAAAAAUUUGUUUUUUUCUGCCGCUAGAAAACAUCGAGUAUCGUCAAUAUGCUUAAGAUUGCUAUAAUGACGUUUAUCACGAUGCUGGCGACGACGCGUUCGGAACCUCCGGUCAAUUCGUAUCUACCUCCACGAACAGGAACCUCUGGUGCGAAUGGCGGUCAAGCCGACCUGUCUACUCAGUACGGGACGCCGAAUUUUGGUAACGGAGGUAGUGUUAAUAGAAACGGUGGUGCAACAAGUUUCGGCAAGCCUGGUGAUAAUGGCGCAGGUAAUGGUCCGUCGAAGCUUUACGAUACACCCGGAGGAAAUGCCCGCGUAAAUGGUCUAGGUCAAGCUCGAGGAAACGAAUUUGGGGAUGGACAACCCUCUAGCUCUUACGGUGCUCCUUUUGGGGAUUUUAAAGAAAACGGCGGUAAUGUGCGACCAUCGAACAGCUAUGGAGUUCCUAUUGCGAAUGGACACAACGGAGGUGGUUUUCGAAACAGCGGCAAUGGAGGGAAACCAUCGAUUAAUUAUGGCGUACCUGAUACGAAUGCGAACAACGGAGACGGUUUUAGGAAUCGAGGUAAUGGAGAAAGACCCUCGACUAACUACGGUGUUCCUGGCGCGAAUGGAAACCAUGGAGGUGGUUCUUCUGGUAGAAACAAUGGUAAUGGAAAGCCUUCCAGUAGUUAUGGAGUACCUGCAAGUGAAAAUGCAAAUGAUAAAAAUCGCUUCAAUGGCGGAAAUAAUGGUGGAAAAUUGUCGAGCAGUUACGAAUCUCCAAAUGUACCUAAAACAAACAACGAAAUAAACGGAUUCGGCAGUAGCAAUGGAGGAGUAUCAAGCAGUUAUAGUCCACCUAAUAAAAACGGACAUGGGAACAAUGGCUAUCCAUCUGAAAGUCCAGCCAGAAAUGGAGGAAGUUUCGGAAACGGCGCUGCUAAUGGUUAUCCAUCUGGAGGAAGUGGACACGCAGGAAAUUUUGAGAACGGCGGUGGAAGUUUUAAAAACGGAGGAAGAGGAAACGAAGGUUACAACAACAAUGCACAGGAAGAAAGCAACGAGCCAGCAAAAUAUGAGUUUUCUUACGAAGUGAAGGACGAACAAUCCGGCAGCAAUUAUGGCCACAAAGAAACUAGAAACGGUGAUCGCGCUCAAGGCGAGUUCAACGUUUUACUUCCAGAUGGUAGAAAACAGAUUGUCGAGUAUGAGGCUGAUCAGGAUGGAUUUAAACCGCAAAUUAGAUACGAAGGCGAAGCAAAUAUGGGUGGAGGAUAUAACUCCGGUGGGCCGAAUGGUAACGACGGCGGUUAUUCUUCUGGUAGACCAGAUAGCAAAAGCGGCGGCUUUACAGAUAACUCGGGAUUUAAUGGAGGCGGUAGUAAUGGUUAUCCAAACGGUGGUCCAGGCGAGGGAAAGUCAAAUGGAUUUAAUGGAGGAGGCAGCAAUAGUUAUCAAUCGGGAAAAUCAGCAGAACAAUCCUUUAGCCAAGCUAAGGAUAGUGACUUGAGUGGCAAUAUUGGUGGAUACUUCUCCAAUGCUCCUAGCAACAACAUCGGUGGCAACGCGGAUAUCGAAAAUAGCAGACAAAAUGGUAAUGGUGGAUAUCAAUAUUAAAGAACAUAUAUAAUUGAAUAGAAUUAAAUAGUCUUAUCUUGUUUUUGAAAAAGGAAUUUUAA